AUGGAUUUCUCCGGCUUCAUAUAUACCUGCCCAUCCACCCAAUAUCUCGACAAGUCCACCUGCAUCGCAAAGAUGAUGGAACCCGGCCUCUCCCCCGCCUUUCAAUACCAAAGACCAGCUGCCCAUCGUGAGCGACUCGUCCCGGUUCCUCUCACCACCCUCCCGGACGGCAUCUUGCCCCUCUCUCCCACUCUGACUUCGACUUCAACUAUAACUGCGCCUGGUGCGAUACCUUUGGCUGCCAAAAAGGAGCCUCAAAAGUAUUUCAUGGGCCGUCCCGUCCACCCGAAUUAUCACUACAAAAAAAACAGACGCUAUGCCGGCGACGAAUCAAUCCCCUACCCUCUCCCCUGCGACCAACAGGAAGUCAACCGCCAAAACCUAAUCCACCACAUCUUCAAUGAAGUCUUCGGUACCAUCCAUGCCGCCGAAUUUCCCAGAUUCGAAGACAUCCCAUCUAAAGUCCUCGACGUCGGUUGUGGUAGUGGAUUAUGGAUAGCCAGCAUGUCCGACGAAUUCGCCGCCAGAGGGAAACCAAACGUCCAAUUCACGGGUUUGGAUAUCGUCCGUAAUUGUCCAGAUAUGAUGGGUGUCAAUUUUCGUUUUGUCAAACAUAAUAUACUCAACCUACCUCUCCCCUUUGCUACGGGAGAGUUUGAUUAUAUAAUGGUACGGGAGAUGACAUUAUGCUGCCCUCAAGACCUCCGGAGCUCGGAGGCAUUGCUGGAAGAAUACCUUAGAGUCCUAAGAGUCGGUGGCAUCCUCGAAGUACAAUGUUCCGACCACACAAUACGCUGUCUAUCGCCUUCCAGCAUCCCGCCUUCGUCCAGGAGCGGGGCAUAUCCCAUGACGGCAUCCACAAGAUUCAACCACAAAUCCGAGAAUUCAUACAUUCAAGACUACAACAGAUGGAUCAGUCAUUUUCUAGGCACCAAGCAUCUACCCACCAUGCCAUGCACGAGCCAACAGUCUACCAUGGCGAUGGAGAAGUCAUUGAAACAUAUAAGGAACCGACGAUACGCACUACCGCUAGACAAUCCACAUUGGGAAGGGAAACCGUUAUCAUUGGUUACGGGAACUCUAGAAAACAGAUCCCUUACGUCAUUAACAUCAAUGAUGGAACCCCGACGGUCAACAGAAAGCAGCAAAUCCGCCCCUCAGGCCGCAACUGUAACGAAUAAUAUCUCUAACGACACGGAAACAAGAAGUAUAGAAAGCGAACCAAGGGAGCGAAAGGGUAGCAUGGAGAUGUUUGUAUCAGACGAUGCAAGAGGUCUAAGGAUUCUUGCUAGACAGACAUUCACAAGUUUAAUACGGAAUCUAGAACCGGUUUUAAGACAAUCCAACAAGAUACCGCAGGAAGAUUGGGAUUGGUGGUUUAGAGAUCUGAUGCUGAAUUUCCACCAAAAUAGGGGUUUGAGUGGUGGGGAGUGUAUCGAGAUCGGGGCGUGGUGGGGUGUCAAGAGGAGCACGUAG